UUUAUGUACAAUAUAAAAGACAAAAGGUCUUAACAAAGACUAUAUCUUUGACAUUGGUCAUUUAAAAUAACAUCCGGCGGAAAUAAAGAAAAACAAACUGUCUUUGUAUGAGUGUAACUAAACUAACAGCAAAGAUUUGCACACUAACUAAAUAGAAAAAUGUAAAACAACUUGUCAACAACAGAUAUGUUGAUAAAAACAAACUGUAGAAAAUAAAUUUUCUAACAUUCUAUCUAAGCUAUAACUCUGGCAACUACUACUACAUACUUUGAUAUCAACAAAACCAGCCAACAGUAACGCUCCAACAACUGCCAGCAACAUCAUAAAAACAAACAAUUAGACCAUAAAACAACAACAUAGACCACUACCGAAAGAUCUAACAACAAGAACAUCAAAAGCUUAAAUAGAAAACUACUCAAACAAAAAUGUUUAUGAAACCACUGUCGUUUAACUAUUGGCUAAAUUCUAAUUUAAAGCCUAAACUCCUUACAAUGACCCUGCUGCUAAAGACAAGUUUAAAACAAAACAAUUAUUUAAAUAUUUAUCUCAAUAAAAUUGUCUACUGUCUACGUUUGUCAUUGUUCGCUGUGUAUGCCUUGAUGUGGUUAGGUCUUUUCGAUAGCGCCACCAAAUUUACCGAAGCAGCUCCUCAUAUACGUUUAACACAACGCAACAAUCAUGCCAACAUUUCAGAGCUAUUGGAUAAUCUUUUACGUGGUUAUGACAACAGCAUACGACCGGGUUUUGGAGGACCACCUGCUACCGUAGAGGUAGAUAUAAUGGUGCGCAGUAUGGGACCCAUAUCGGAAGUUGAUAUGACUUAUUCCAUGGAUUGUUAUUUUCGUCAAUCAUGGGUAGAUAAACGUUUGGCUUUUAAGGGUGCCCAAGAUACAUUGGCAUUAAGUGUUUCAAUGUUGGCACGUAUUUGGAAACCCGAUACAUAUUUCUACAAUGGCAAACAAAGUUAUUUGCAUACGAUAACAACACCAAAUAAAUUUGUAAGAAUCUAUCAGAAUGGUAGGGUGCUGUAUUCGAGUAGACUCACCAUUAAAGCUGGCUGUCCCAUGAAUUUGGAAGAUUUUCCCAUGGACAUACAAAAAUGUCCUUUAAAAUUUGGCUCCUUUGGUUAUACCACUGCUGAUGUUAUCUAUCGCUGGAAUAAAGAACGACCAGCUGUGGCCAUAGCUGAGGAUAUGAAAUUGUCACAAUUUGAUUUGGUCGAUUGUCCGGCUGGUAAUAUAACGGAUGUUGUUUACAAAGCAGCCGCACCCAAUUACCAAAAUGUCAUUGAUGAAAACAACUAUAAGCGUAGACAACAACAAUUACAACAACAGCAGCAGCAGCAACAUCAACAACAGCAUCAACAUUCUCCACAACAGCCAUACCAACAACAUCAGCAGCAACAGCCUCAACAGCAUCAACAGGAUGCUAUAAAAAAUAGUAAAAUUUUAACAACAUUUGCUGGACCAGCAGCAAAAAAUCAACAUGUACGCGGUACUGGUAUACAACUGGAUAAGACAGUUGCUUUUGAUAAGCAUGGUCAGAGUAUACGUUUGGAAUCGUCACAGACUUCCGAAUACUCCAUGUUGAUGGUCAACUUCCAUUUGCAACGUCACAUGGGCAACUUUUUGAUACAAGUCUAUGGGCCCUGUUGUCUUCUAGUGGUCUUAUCAUGGGUUUCUUUCUGGUUGAAUCGUGAGGCUACUGCUGAUCGUGUUUCUCUGGGCAUAACUACCGUUUUGACUAUGACUUUUUUGGGUCUGGAGGCCCGCACCGAUCUACCCAAGGUGCCCUAUCCUACAGCGUUGGAUUUUUUUGUUUUUCUCUCUUUUGCCUUUAUCUUUGCCACCAUUUUACAAUUUGCCGUGGUGCAUUAUUUUACCAAAUAUGGAUCGGGCGAAUGCUAUUUUAUUAUCGAAGAAAUGGAAUCGGAUACGGAAUCAGAAAUGCUAGAAAGUCAAACGGGUAAUAGAAGUGAUAUGGAAUCGGAAUUUGCUACAAGUACAGAAUCGAAAAUCUAUGAAGUUAUUCCCUUGUCCAUGUGUUCCAUCAAUAUACCGCAACGUCGGGAAUCGUCGAGAAGAAAAGGUAGACGCUCACAGGAGCGUAAGUUUAAAGGUGGUUGGAGUUUUUGGCGUAAUCUGGCGGAUUGUUUAAAUUGGCCCUGUUGGAAGAGUAAUCAGAAUGGAAGGCAUAAAGCUCGAUUUGAUGUUUCCGAAGAUGAAGAUGAUGAGGAGCAGCACUUGAGAUCAAAUGAAGAUUCCACACCGCGUAAACUAUCGGGACGUCGUCGUAUGUCCUAUUAUCGUCGUGAAGAACUAGAGGCUCGUCGCAAGGGCAAACGUACGCCCCAAUAUAAUUCGGUCUCAAAAAUAGAUCGUGCCUCGCGCAUUGUUUUCCCCAUUUUGUUCUUUGUCAUUAAUGUUUUCUAUUGGUAUGGUUAUCUAUCGCGCAGUUCACGCAUUUUGGCCCAUAGUAAUACGACCACCUGAUGUUAUCUUUUAGCAAUUUAGGUGUUUUUAUUAAAGAAAUCUGGGCAAAUUUACAAUUAUAAAAGGCAGAUGGGUUUUUGAGAGAGGAAAAAUCAGGAACAGGAUUAUGGGAUCAAAGCUCUUUAACUUAUUCACUUUAUGCUGCUACUGCUAAACAUAUGAUUUCUUUAAACUAAAUUGCUAAUUUAACGAAAUACAACUACAAUCACACAAUCAUCAACAGUUCAAAUUUAUGUUUAAAAAAAACUUUCGGAAUAAGCUUUUAAAGUUGAUCAACUCAUAAAGCUACAUAUUUAAAAAUUAAGUUAAAAAACAUUAUUUAAGUUAAAGCUUUUGCAAUAUUUCAAUUAUUUCCUUUAGAAAAUUAAUUUUCUUUUAAGCUUAAUAUAGAAAAGCUCUAACACAAACAUAAUAUAGCUUAAAAAGCUUUUAAAACAAA